AUGGCGGAUGACCUAGAUUACCUUGCACGAGAUUUCGAUCUCAAUUCGCUCACAGUUCCUCGCUUACGCAAUAUCCUCGUCAAUCACGAUAUUCCCUAUCCUGCCUCCGCCAAAAAGGCCCAGCUGAUUCGUAUUUUGGAGGACGAGGUCAUCCCCCAAGCAAGAAAACUUCUACGGGAGCGUGAGAGGGUCAGACGCACGAGCGCUGGGAUAACAGAUGUGAGCAGUCGAGAAACAUCCGUCGCCAGUGACAGUAGCGAACGCGAGCCCCCGAGUACAUCCCUCCACCAACACCAUCAUCAGUCGCGUCUACUUCCCGGCGUGGCACUUCUCGACGGAGUUACGCGACGAAGCACACGCGCUUCCACCGCUGAUACCGAUGAAAAUGUCGCACCCGUUACUCCUGCGGCUGCGUCGACACGAAAGAGCUUCGUUCGCUCAGUUGGCAAACACCCUCGUGCCUCAGAUACAGAUAUGGAUGAAGACUCAUUCGCCACUCCGGUCACUGCUCGUGGCCUUUCUCCUCGGAAAUCUACGGCGCGGAAAUUCCGGCGCAGUGAGAUCCUACCUUCGACGGAGCUCCAUGACUUCACACCAGUCAAGGCUGAGGCCAAAGAUGAGAACGUUUUCACGUACGACAACCCUUUCCAAAGUGGAAGUCCCUCGGAAAUCCCCAAAAGUAGAACCCCCAGUCAUGAUGGAAAGCGUAAGAGCUCACGGUUCUCCAUCGAACGACGAUCCCGCAAAUCGACUACACCUGCCAGCUUCAAACAAGAAGAUGGUAUCGAGGCCCCGACCAGAGAAUCUUUUGACUUUCACCCUCGAUUGAGAUCUACCACAGAAGAACCUGAGGAAUUUGAGGGAAUGGAUCAAGAAGAGCUAGAUGUGGAGGAGCUAGACGAGAGUGAAAUGAGUGCCGGUGAAGAAUUUACACCGGAUGAACAGCUUGAUAUGGAGACCCGUGCGUCUCUCACUCGGCUUCACAAAAGCCCUCAAAAGCAAGGAUCCAAGACCAUCUUGGCCUCUUGGUUUGUUAUCGUCGCUGUGCUUGUCAGUUUUGGUGCCUGGUGGCGUCAGGAGAAGAUUGAAAUCGGUUAUUGUGGCCUUGGAAAAUCUACUUGGUCCCUGGCUGCUACCAAAGUACCAGAAUGGGCUAGUGUUCUGGAACCAGGAUGUGAGCCAUGCCCGCCACACGCAUUCUGCUACCCCGACUUUGAGGCACGUUGUGAACACGACUUUCUUCUAAAAUCCCACCCUCUUUCACUUGCCGGCCUCAUACCUCUACCUCCAACAUGUGAGCCUGACAGCGAGAAAGCACGCCGCGUGAAGGCUGUUGCUGACAAGGCUGUGGAGGAACUUCGUGAGCGAAGAGCCAAAUGGGAAUGCGGCCAGCUGAAGGAAGGUGACAAUGAAGCGUCUCCCGAGAUCAGCGAACCCGAUCUCAAGAAGGAGGUCGCAAAGAAGCGCCGUAAGGGUCUCAGUGAUACUGAGUUUGAUGACUUAUGGAAAGGAGCCAUCGGUGAGAUUCUCGACAAGGAGGAGGUUGUGAGCAACACCAACAAAGCUUCCGCCGUCCUUAUCAUCACCUCCACAUCAACUGCCCGACUCCCCUUCGCAUGUGCCGCCCGCCGCUACUUCCGACUUGCUCUCUUCGCGUAUCGACUCCCUCUUUUACUUUUAGUGCUUAGCAUCAGUGCUAUUCUCUAUGCUCGUGCUCGUGUUCGGGCCCGCCGCUCAGAUAUCGCUCGUAUUCCUGAACUGGUCGCUACAACACUUGACCGUCUGGCCACUCAGGCGGCACUUCACGCCCGCGGUGGUGCCAUAGAGCCAUAUAUCUCCAUAGGACAGCUGCGUGAUGACGUCCUGCGAUCCGAGCUACAUGGCAAACGGCGCGAAGAACUGUGGCGCCGGGUAAGCCGUAUCGUCGAGGGCAACGCCAACGUACGAGCUGCCGUUCGCGAAGGCCGCAGCGGUGACGUCGCCCGCAGCUGGGAGUGGAUUGGCGGUAUCGGUAGCGUUAGUAGCGUUGGUAGCGCUGGCGCAAGCGGCGAUAAGAGCGGGGAAGUCGGUAGUUCCCGCCUGUCUCUAUCAUCGCCCUUGAGUCACGAUCACAACAAUCAUCACUCACCUGCCGACAAAAACGAAACUGCAACAAGCCCAAGGCAGACCCGCCGCUGGGACGAAGGUCGACCAAUCUACUAA